CUACUACGAAGUACCCAUAUCGUCAAUAAUUACGGCACACGCUACAUUGUCCCACCUCCAUCUCUACAACUCCCUAGCACUUGCUACUACAACGAAGACCUAGUACACCGCCAAGGAGACUGUCGUCUCAUCAGUCCACACAGUUACCAACAUAUUCCAAUUUCGACAUAGAACUCUAUAAACGGUCGUCAAUCCGUUAGACUGCUAACCCCCACGGGGGAUCUCAGCUGCAGUUCAUUCGAUCGAAGCCUUUGACGUCAUUAUUGGAAGAAGUAUGGACGAGCAAUUGGACACCGGAGUUCUCAUCGAUUACUCUCCCAAGAAGACACAUGGCAAGCCUAAACAAAAACAGCAGACAGAGCGGCGCAAAUCCACUUCUCAGUCGGAGCGAACUCAUGAUGAGAACACGGAGCGGGCGUAUAUAGCUGCCUCACGGCGCGGUGACCGAGAUAUAGAGGCACGGAUCAAAUCUGCCCUACAGGCCAGUAAAAUACACAAGAAGCGGACAGGGAAAGCUCUCCGAAUUACCCGUGAGAUUGUUCUCAAUGAGGCUAUGUAUGAAGAAGAGGAUACAGAGCUGGAGCGGUUCAGAGAAUGGAGCCUCCGCUUGCCAACGGGCUCUUUGCAGGGCGGCCAGGGCAAAGAAGUAUGCCACCUCAUAGAUUCAUCUCUCGAAAGGUGGCGGGGGAACGAUAUCAACCAGGCGUUUGAGCAAUACUUUCCUAAUUACAAGCAAGCAGCAGCCCAACCAAUCGGUUCUCAAUGGUAUCAGCGACAGGCUCCGUUGCAGCCACUACCCCAGCAGACUUCUCCGAUACAGUCUCCCGAGAUGCUACAAAUUUCCGGGAUGCAAGUGCAGAUUCCUCUUUCUGGAAUGUCUACGCAUGGGAUGCAACAGACUCCGUGGAUGGGACAGUCUCCCGAGAUGCAGAUGCAGUCUCCUGUUGGGAUGGGAAUGAUUUCACCGGCCCAAGUCCAGUCUCCUAUGAUGCAGAUGGGACAGGUUCCUGAUUUGAGACACGCUUCUCCGACACAGCAAGAUUUUGAUCUGUGUUCUCAAUUCGUGGAUUCAGGCAUCAACACCCCCUCAGCUGAGAUACUGAGUGGCCUCCGCGAGUUCACACGCCUCACCCCCGAGGACGACAGGUUAUCCUCUGAAUCAUCUACUCCCCCCGAGCUCAGUAAUCUCAACCACGCUCAGAUGCCUACUCCGUUAUCCACAUGCUCCACCUGUACCUGCAAUCCGGCCCAGAAAUAUACUUGUGACAAUUGUAGGCCGUUUGUGUGGUUUGCAUAACGACCUUGUUACAAGUGAUGACAUUCCGGAUUUGUUUCUGCUUUCCAUGUUUCUAUGUUCUGAAAAAGGAGCAAUGCCAGCGUUAUUCAUUCCUGUGAUGUGGCAGCAGCAGUCUUUGUUCUCUUCUCUCACUGGACAUGUCAUGACAGGCUUCGUUAUUAGAAAGCAUAUUUUCAGUUCAUUUCUAUAUACCUAUUUUUUCUUUUUCGUUUUCGUUUCUCAUUUCCAUGCUCCUACUGACAGGGCAAUGGAGAUUUUGUUCGUUAUUUAUGCGGCAAUCGCUGGCAUGGAAUGGGAUACAAGCUUUGAACUCCACUCUCGAUGGUCGCAUUUGUAAAGGGGGAGGGGAUCGUGUCCCUCCUCUUUCUCUUUGAUGGAUGGUUUUAUUUUCUCCUAAGUUUCCUUUUCUAAUUUUCAAAUGGUCAAUUAGAAGGAUACCUAGUCACAGGAGCUGGAGUUUUGGCAAUCGGUCUAAUGAUGUUUGAUACCUUCUAUCACAAAGUCCAAAAAAAAAAUGAAUAAAAACAAGCAAUUGGUCAAUC